UAGAGAUUUAAAGCACUCGACCCUGCGCUCUUCCAGCACGAGAAGAAUAUUGUUUCAACUUGUUGGUGGACUUGCAAUUGUGCAUUGAUAUAUUUGGCCCUUUGACUCUAAACUUUGAUUCGAAAGAUGGCACCGAAGUGGUUUCAAAAUCUCAAGUGGACUGAAUUGCAAUUGGUCGUCUGUGUGGCUAUAUUUCUCCCGUUGACUUCUGCACGUUCACAGGCAGGCAAAAUUGCCCAUAUUGUUGGGGGCAAGCCGAACACUUGGUCCGUUCGAGCCGAUCCCGACUUCUAUCAAAAUUGGGCUUUCAACGAACGAUUUAUAGUUGGGGACAAACUCGUGUUCCUCAUGGAAUACAACAUGACGACACCAUACCUUUACGAGCACAGCGUGAUUCAGUUCAAUGAUAACAAAGCUUUUCUCAGAUGCGAUCCAAAUGGAGGUAUGGACCUCACGGAGGGCCUCGAGGCUGAUACGCCGACAUCGGUGAUUGUGGACCUCCAUAGCCCCGGCAUCUUCUAUUACGGCUGUUCAAAGCAUGACUAUUGCACUCACGGCCAAAAAUUCUUCAUCAAAGUUGGGUCCGGAGAAUGAACACGUGAUGUACUUUGACAGAGCAAGAUACGUGAGCGAAGUUUUCGAGGCAGGCCAACGCUGCGUCAACAUGCGGUCAGUCGGUUGGUGGUGGCAGAUUAUCAUAUCCGCGAAUAAGGAGUUGGGUCCUCGGUCCAAAAUAAGCUAGCGCUUCAUAGAUCUGUGGUAUGGGUCCUCGCUUGUUGCUUAAAUCUGGAAAUAAGCCUUCACCUGUAUGGAGGAAGGGUUGUACUAUCCCAGGAACUUUCGUAAGAGAUAUGCUUGGCAGUUGUUUGGUCCUCACAUUGGUAUA